AUGAGACACUACGCUCUCUGCAGCACUUAUAGAGCUUAUGUGCCACUUUAUAGAAAGUUUAUCAGGCCUUUGCACCAACUAAAUGAGCGUCACGCAACUAAAUUUGCCGAGUGGCCUUGGGGUAAGCCUUCUUUUAACCGUCUUCCACCAGACGAGCGCAAAGAUUUGAACGUCUUACAGCUCAACUUUCCAAACAAAGCCAAGAAUCUAUAUACAACUGAUCCUGAGAUGCGGCGCCUUCUUGACAGUUCUUUGAGAUGGGUUUUUGAUACGAAGCUACUAGCGCUUGAGCCGCUGGAGAGAGAAGCCAAAAACUAUGCUUGGCUUAAGAUCAAAGAACAUCUAUAUGUGCAACUAAGAGAUAAGGACUUAGAGCAACAAGUCAAAGAUUACGAUAUAUCCAUUGCUAACUUUAUUCGCCCUUCCGAUCCCAAGUCCUUGCUGGCUCAACUUUCAAAUCGAAACAAAAUAUCGAAUGAGAGUUGGGAAGCAAUACUAAAUACCCAACAAGUUUCAGAGGAGCAAAAAUGUAAAUAUAUUGUUGGAGGGAUAUACGAUCACAUAUUCCAGCAGGAGAUUUUGCCGCUGGUAGCUCCAAUCAGAUCAAGCACAAAUAGUGCCGAAGACGUAGAUAUAUCAAAUCCAGCCGAAUGGUUUCCUGAAGCAAGAAAAUGGAGAAGACGUAUCAUAAUGCACAUUGGUUCCACAAACUCGGGGAAAACAUAUCAAGCAUUGCAGCGCUUGAAACAAUGUGAUCGCGGAUAUUACGCAGGACCUUUAAGAUUGCUGGCUAGAGAAGUUUACGAGAGGUUUAAAGGUGAAAAUAUACGUUGCAACCUGCUGACCGGCGAGGAAGUAAUAGAAGAGCUUGAUGAAAUGGGAAAUCCAGCUGGAAUAACCUCUGGUACUGUAGAAAUGGUACCACUAUCCCAAAAAUUUGAUGUGGUAGUACUGGACGAAAUCCAGAUGAUGGGCGACUCUGAUCGUGGCUGGGCAUGGACCAAUGCUUUAAUGGGCGCCAUUGCGAGAGAAGUUCAUUUGUGUGGUGAAAAAAGUGCUCUACCCUUAGUCGAAAAGAUCGUUAAAAUGACGGGUGAUGAACUAAUAGUAAACGAGUAUGAGAGAUUAGGAGAGCUCAAAAUAGAAGAUACAUCUCUAAAAGGUGGUUUGAAGGGUUUGAGGAAAGGCGAUUGCGUUGUAGCUUUCUCCAAAAAGAAAAUUCUAGAUUUGAAGUUAAAGAUAGAGAAAAUGACUGAUCUUAAAGUUGCAGUGAUUUAUGGCUCCCUUCCACCAGAAACGAGAAUUCAGCAAGCGAACAUGUUCAACAAAGGAGACUACGAUGUUCUUGUUGCAUCUGAUGCUGUUGGUAUGGGUCUUAACCUCUCCAUUGAAAGGGUUAUUUUCACGACUCACAUGAAGUUUAAUGGGCAAGAAAUGGUAGGGCUCACAUCAUCAAACGUGAAGCAGAUUGGUGGUCGUGCAGGCAGAUAUAAAGUAGCGAAUGUCUCUACGAGUGGUCCAGAUGAGGGCAAGAAGGCAUCUGUGGGAUAUGUCACAGGUGUAGACUCAGACGUUUUAGCCGCCAUCAAAGAUGGUAUGACUGCACCUGUUGAGUAUCUAAAGUCUGCCAUAGUUUGGCCCACUGAUGAAAUUUGUGGGAAGCUAAUGACCCAUCUACCACCGGGCGCUCGAGUGUCCACUUUACUCCUAACAUUAGCCAAGGAAGUCGAGAAAAGGUCUGCAAAAGUGUUUACCCUUAGCGAGCUGAAGAACAGGCUCACUAAUAUAGAAAUGUUUGAGCACAUGGAUGGAAUCCCUUUCUUUGAUAAAAUGCGGCUCAGCAAUGCACCUGUAAAAGAUUUUCCUCUGGUCAAGAAAGCAUACAUACAAUUUUGCACCACCAUAGAGCAGCGCCAAACAAGAUCGCUAUUCAGUUACCCGUUUUCUUUUGAUAUUCUCGAUCCAAAGUACAUCAACAGUGACAAGUAUUCCUUAGAGCACUAUGAGUCGCUGCACAAUAUUAUCAUGCUUUAUUUUUGGCUCAGCAACCGCUAUCCUAAUUAUUUCAUUGACCAACAGAGUGCUAGACAGCUGAAGGACAUCUGCGAGAUGAUUAUCUUCGAAAAACUUGAUAGACUAAAAAAGAAUCCCUACAUCAGAAAAGGGCCACCGGGAGGGCUUCGCGGUAUACCGAGACCUUCAUUUGUCAAGCAUAAUAGGGCAGUUUGA